AUGGCAAUUAUUAAAGAUUGCGGUCACUGUUUUUGCGUCACCUGUAUACUUCGUUGGGCUUCUUAUAAGGAUACUCCUACCUGUCCUAUGUGUAAAAUUCAAUUUAGUUUUCUUAAUGUCUACCGUUCUGUUGAUGGAAGUUUUAAAGAAGAAAUGUUUGAGGAAAGGCUUUGUCUUCUUCUUAGAGCUUUGUGGAUAAAGCCUCUAAAAAUGGUGCAAGAAAAUCAGACAGAAGACAAUCGAUAUUACUUCAAUUCCAGCACUUACGAGGAGGACGCCGACCAUGAAGAAGAAGAUGAAGAUGAAGAUGAAGAUGAAGAUGAAGAUUAUUAUUUUGACGACUACUAUCUUGACGAUGCUUAUGCAUACGGUUAUUCAUCUAACUUGAUAAAUCGAGAACGCAGAUAUAUAAGUAAAUACAAGGGUUAUGUUACCACAGGUAGAGUUAAACGCGACUGA